CUAGCAUUAAGAGCGUUCAUUUUCCUCCUAACCAGUUAGAAGAAUGUCACCAUCAUGGUAAUACAAGUAUAAUAUUUCCAUAAAAAAAUGUAGCAGACUGUCGCUAUAUUGAGGUCAUCAGGCAGUUGAUGUAGAGUGAACCAGUUUCAGUAACCCCGGCAUUGGCUGUGAUAGAAAGGUCAGAAUUAUGCCAGGUCGGCUUCUCUUUCCCCAAUCUGCCUCAUGCAAUCUUAAGAGCUGUUAAGCGUCAGGUAAAACUAUGAUAAAAUGUACCAGACGGUGACGCGGAUCUUUGUAUGCCUUAUAUUAUGUUCCCUACCUCAAGUGUCCGGCACGUUCUGUGGACCCCCACCAGUUGUUGAAAACAGUGCUUGGAUUUUGCCCUGUAAGGGAGACAAGUACGAGGUUUGUCACUUUACCUGUGACUGGGGCUUCAAGUCGAAAGGUAAAACAUACACGACUUGUGAAGAUGACGGUCUAUGGUCAAACCCUGGAGCAUGCUCAAUUCUGCACUGCGGAGAACUCCCCACCGUUUAUAAUGGAGAUUGGAGAAGGAAGUGUGAGAGUACAUUUGGAACCAUCUGUGAUUUCGUCUGCGACCAGGGCUACUAUCUCCAUGGGGCUGGAUACUUCCAGUGCAUGUUUGAUGGCGUGAAUGCGUACUGGGCAUCGAAAGGUCAAUGCGUAGCACCACAAUGGAGUUUACUACCCACAAUAUUCAGCAUAAUUUAUAUUAUUAUGUGCAUCGAGUUAAGUAUGUUUAUGUUUCGUCGAAUCUUAGGAUAGAUACUUUAUAGGUGAGUUAUUUUUUUUUAAAUAAAGUUACUUUAUUUUAACUAUAAUUUUAGAUCAAUCGUUUGAGAAAUGUAUGAAGAAUAAGUAAGAAUAUUGAUUUUUUUUUCUGUUAUUAAAAUAUCAUUUAAUAAUUCUAAAAAUACUGUAUUAAAAAUAAAUAAAAAAUUUAAAGCUAAAACUAGUUCUAAAAAAAGUAUCAUUGAGUUCAUCGAGUGUACUAAAAACUAUGUGACCAUGCUAAAAAUCUACCAAUCUAUUAACAUUUGAUUUCCCUAUAAGCACGCUUUUAUUUGGGUCAUUACCCCCAGGUCAAUUAAACCCACAACUUCUCCCUCCCCCAACAUAACCCCCUGGAGAUUUUCCCCUUGUCAAUUACCCCUCACCCGUUUUUAAUUACCCUCUUCAAGAACCCUGACCCUAAACCUAACCCCAAACUCAAAACCUGUAACUAAAGCUAACCCUAAACCAAACCCAUAGCCUAAAUCCAACUCUAGAUCAAUGUCUUACAGUAAACCUAAACUUCAGAAAAAGCCUAAACCUAAACAUUCUCCUCAACAUAAAACUAAACUCAAACCCAACCCUAGACAUUGGUUUAACUCAAGCUCUCGAGCUAAGCCUAACGAAAACCCAAA